AUGGCAACUUUCUCUUGCGGUAGGUCGCCGUCACUGGCAAAGGCUUCCGCCCCAAGUACCGGCAACAAGUCCGGCCCGGCUGCGCAACUGAGGGAAGCCGGCCGCCGUCGGUUCCUGGGGGCGGGAUCGUUCCUGGCGGGAGGCGCGCCGCUGCAGGUCACGGCGGCCCACUCUCAGCAGAAGGCCGCCGGAAGGAAGAUCGACGCCGUCGUAGCGGCGGCAAGCGUAGCCAUGGAAUCUGGACUUCAGACGCCGCACGGCGGGAUCCUCACGGAAUUGAUGCUGCCGGAAGCUGACAAGGCCGCCGCAGCGGCAUCCUGCACCAAGACCAUGGAACUCAGCGACAGGAACGCCUGUGAUGUGGAACUCCUCAUCGUGGGGGGUUUUUCUCCAUUGGAAGGUUUCAUGAACGAGGACGAGUACAACUCCGUGGUGGAGACCAUGCACACAACUAGUGGUGUCAUGUUCGGCCUGCCCAUUGUGCUUGACACCUCAGAUGAAGCCAUUGCCGUGGGAGACAAGAUCCUGCUGCAAUAUCAAGGUGCAGAUCUGGCCAUUUUGACAGUUGACAGCAAAUGGACUCCCAACAAGCCUCUCGAGUGCCUAAAGUGCUAUGGUACCUCGCAGCUGGAGCACCCUGCCGUCCAAAUGGUGUCCAUGGAGAGGGGAAAGUACUAUAUUGGUGGAAAGAUCCAGGGCCUUGCCCUCCCCGAGCGUGUAUUUCCUUGUGCCACCCCCCGUGACGUGCGGGCCACCCUUCCUCCAGGCAAGGACGUCUUGGCCUUCCAAUGCCGCAAUCCGAUCCACCGGGCACACUAUGAGCUCUUCACACGGGCCAUCGAUGCGGACAAUGUUGGAGAGGGUGCCGUGUGCCUCGUCCACCCCACCUGCGGGCCCACCCAGGAUGAUGACAUUCCCGGCAUCGUCCGGUACCACACUUAUGAGGUGCUGAAGCAGGAGACUAGCAACCCAGCCUUGCGGUGGGCAUACUUGCCUUAUUCCAUGCACAUGGCAGGCCCGCGGGAAGCUAUCCAGCACAUGAUCAUCAGAAAGAACUAUGGGUGCACGCACUUCAUCAUCGGCCGUGACAUGGCUGGCUCCAAGAGCACUGUGACCGGAGAGGACUUCUAUGGCCCCUACGAAGCCCAAGACUUUGCGGCAAAGAAUGCACCUGAGCUGGGUAUGCAGACUGUGCCUUCUCUCAACAUUGCAUACACUGAGGAGAAGGGCUAUGUGACUGCUGAUGUUGCUGAAAAGGAGGGUCUGCACACAGUCAAGCUUUCAGGCACACAAUUUCGGAAAAUGCUGCGUGCUGGGGAGGAGAUCCCAGAGUGGUUUGCAUUCAAAUCGGUUGUGAAGGUCCUUCGGGAGGAAAUGGCAAACCUCUGA